GCUCACCACCCCGCCGGGCUCGCCCGCGGCCGCGACCUGACCCGGGCCGAGCGGCUCCUCCCCGCUGCCGGAGCGGCGCGCUGGGGGAGCAGCCGGCAGCCUCAGCGCCCGGACACGGCGGCUCCCCAGGUCACGUUAUCUAAGUGCAUCAAUGAGGAGUCCAGGGAUGGCUGUGUUCAAACAACAGAAGGUGGAAGACGUUUAUGAAAUUGGGGAAGAGCUAGGAAGUGGCCAGUUUGCAAUAGUGAAGAAAUGCAGAGAGAAAAGCACUGGAGUGGAAUAUGCUGCCAAAUUCAUUAAGAAGCGUCAGAGCCGGGCCAGCCGCCGGGGGGUGAGACGUGAGGAAAUUGAGCGGGAGGUGAACAUUCUGCAGCAGAUCCUGCAUGCCAACAUCAUCAAGCUGCACGAUGUCUAUGAGAACAGGACAGAUAUGGUCCUUAUCCUCGAGCUAGUGUCUGGAGGAGAACUUUUUGACUUUCUGGCACAGAAAGAGUCUCUGAGUGAGGAGGAAGCAACCAGAUUCAUUAAGGAGAUUUUAGAUGGUGUUAACUACCUCCAUGCCAAGAAAAUUGCUCAUUUUGAUUUAAAGCCUGAAAACAUUAUGCUUCUAGACAAGAAUAUUCCUAUUCCACACAUAAAAGUCAUUGACUUCGGCCUAGCCCAUAAAAUAGAAGAUGGAGUUGAAUUUAAGAAUAUUUUUGGGACACCCGAGUUUGUAGCUCCAGAAAUAGUGAACUAUGAACCACUUGGGCUAGCUGCAGAUAUGUGGAGCAUAGGAGUCAUCACCUACAUACUGCUCAGUGGUGCAUCCCCUUUCCUUGGAGAAACGAAGCAGGAAACUCUCGCCAACAUCACAGCUGUGAAUUACGAAUUUGAUGAGGAAUUUUUCAGUCACACCAGUGAUCUGGCAAAAGACUUUAUCCGGAAACUCCUGGUGAAAGACACGCGGAAACGGCUCACAAUUCAAGAAGCUCUCACUCAUCCUUGGAUAACGCCAGUGGACAAGCGGCAGGCCUUGGUGAGGCGAGAAUCUGUCAUUAACUUGGAAAAUUUCAAAAGGCAAUAUGCCAGAAGGCGAUGGAAGCUCUCUUACAGUAUUGUCUCACUGUGCAACCACUUAUCUCGCUUACAGAUGAGAAAGGUCUCACUGAUGCAGGAUGAAAGUUUGAGAAAUUGUGAGAGUGACCAGGAAGAAGAUCUUUCCCAAAGAAAUGGCACUCAUCUGAGGAAAAGCAGCAUAUUUUAGUGUAUCUAGUAUUCCACGCUAGAGAGACACGGGAGGAAAACCUCACCCUGGCUAAAAAUGCAGCCCUAAGAGCAAAUCUGGUUUAUGGUCAGAUUCAGUGAUGAUGUGCUGCUUACUUUUCAAAUUACACAGAGCAGCUGCAUAAUAUUAUUCAAGAUCCGCUGAAAACUUACAAAACUGGGGAGUCCGGAUUCCCUGAGAAGUGUGGCAGCACCAACACCGUUGGAAUAAUUUUACUUGUAGAGCUUUUCAUUCUUCUUUGAAUUCAUCUGUGAACUGUGAUAUCACCUGUAUCCAGAACAUUGCGUUUUUACUGACAUUCUCUUAAGUGUAGAGCAAUUCACAUUCUGAGCCAUAUAUAUGAAUGUGCGUAUUAAUACCAAAGGAUCAGCCUUUAUGGCAGUGAAGCUGUUAUUGCUUCUUAAGCAAACUUUUACAAAUAAUUUUUAUUAUUAUUAGUAACACAGAUACAUGUGUCUGAGAGAUGUCUGCAAUAAUACCGUUAUCCUUGUCAUGAUGAAAAGUCAUCAUGUUUUUCCAUUUUACCAUCGAAGGCUCUAGCCUGAUGGCACAUAAAUGGUGUAAGGAGUGGACCUGAGUGAAUUUUUUUUGCAACAAACAGUAUGCAUUUUUCAACAAACUGAAACUAUUCACAGAAUCAACACAAAGGACUGAAUAGUUUCAGCAAAAAAUUUUUUUUUCCAAAGACUGAGAUGCCAUUGGCAAAAGACAGGGAGAAGUGGUGCUACCACCAUUGCUGUCUGCCUUAUAAGCUUUAGCCUAGUGGUAAGGGCACUCAUGGCAAACCCGGAUUCAGUUCCCCCUUCUACCUGAGGUGGAGAAAGGAUUUGAACUUGGGGCUCCCUCGCCCUAGCCACUGGGCUAUGGAAUAUUCUGAUGUGGAGCUUGCUCAGUCUCUCCUGUUGAAGCAGUUUUUACAGUGUAUAAAUAAUUAAAUAGUCAUUGGAGCAGGGAUUUGAUCUGGGGUCUUCCUCCUCCCAUGUGAGUGCCUCAGCCAGUGGCUAUAGAGUCAGUCCCAUAUUGUCUGCUUGGACCAAUGACUAUUUGUGCUUUAAACUAGGGACCACUCUAUAAAUCUGUGAAAAUAAGCUUUAUACUGGUAUAACUGCAUCCACACUAGGGGGUUGCACCACUUUAACUAUAUUGAUUUCUAAGCCAAUAUAGUUAAAUUGGUACUAAAAAUAUGUGGAGACCAACACUUUGUUUUGGGUUUGAUGUACCUAAAACCACAAAGCAAAAUCAGCUGAAUUAACCGUUUGUUCUUCAAAAUUUCACCUGAUUUGAACGGUUUUGUAUCAGUCAUCCCAAGCUUGAGAUUUUAACAGGUUAGAGUUGCAAGUUUGUGUUGAAACAUAACACCAGGUAAAUUUUGCCUGGCUUCAGGUUUCACUGUGAACAUUUUGCAAAGCAUUAAAAAUCAAGUUUGAGUCAUAGCUUUAUAUGCAAUUUUAAGUGGGGAUAAAAACAUGCAUAGCACAUGCAUCAGGAAGAAGUAUCCAGCAUCCAGGAAGGAAGAGGUAGCAUAAGUGGAAGCAGAAAGGAAAGUGUGAGGGAAGAGGCACAAUGGUAAGCAGGUGGGAAGUAAUCCAUGAGGAGGAAUGACUGAAAGGAAUAGCUAGGAAGGGUAGAUAAAGAACUAGGGAGUUUAGAAAAGACUGGAGGAGAGAAGGGAAAAUAGAGUUAGGAGGAUUACAAAGGAAAGGGAUGGAAAGCAGAGUGUUUCCACCAAAUGUCAGACCUCAGUCUGAAGCAGUUGAUGUAAAAAAUAGGCUACCUCAUGUUCAACAAUGCUGUAGACCAGGGCUAAGUCUAUGGUGAUCCUCAGCCUGUAAAGCCUUAUCUUCACUAGGAUAAAAAGGUGUAUUCUGAAUUUGAGUUAGCAAACGCAAGGUAAAACCCUCGUGAAGACCAGGCAGUUUGUUGUUUGUACACAUUAGCUGGCUGAGGUUAAGACUACAUGGCUAUCUAGGGUUUAUCUUGAUCUGCUAACUCAUUUUAAACUACAGGUGCCUUGUCUUUACUAGGAUUUUGCCUUGUGAUAGCUAAUUCAAGUUAAGAAUAUACCUUUUUUUCCUAUUGAAGAUAAUAUCUAACUGACCAACUGCAGAGUAUCAGAAUUAUGCAGCAAGCUUUUUAUCUCUCAUCUAGAUUUCUACAGUACUUUCUUAGCUGCUCUUGACUUCCCUUACCUUGUUAGACUUGUUCAGAAGUCUGAUUCUAAACUCUUUGAGAUGGAGCCUCAGAUGGCAUAACCUGUCUUAGCCCCAUGGAAGUUAAUGGAACUAUGGCAAUUUAAGACCAUCUGAGGCUUUGCCUCAGUGUUUCUACUGUGUUUCCGUGCUCUCUCAUUAGCCUCAGUGACUGGCAUUGUCUUGGUAGCUCCUUUUUCUUUUUCCCCACAGAGAAAUAAGUGCUACAUCUUUGUUUUUGUUACAAGUUGCUUCCAAAAAUUCAUUCAUCACAGCAGUAGUGCCUGCUUCCCAACAGUGAUGAUAGUGGAGGAAAAGUUAGAUUACUGAGAGCUAGAGAGACAUUGUGCAUGACAAAUCUGAACCAGCACUUAGAAUCUAUGCUGAUAGGCCACUGUAGAAAAGUCUAGGGUAGAUGAUUGGAAAUAUGGAUUUGAGCCUUUUUCGGAAUAUUUAUUGUAAAAUCUGAGGUUGCUUCCCUACAUUUUUUAAAAAAUUAACUUAAUUCUGCUUUGAUCAACUGUUCCCUGAGUACUAAGCCUUGUUUUUAAUUGAGGACAACUGCCUUCUGAGUUAGACCAGGUACUGCAGCAGCAUCUGAACACCAGAAUGGCAUUGUGAGGAACGCUGGGUUUGGCUUAUUUGUCAGCAUCACUUUGCAGAACAAACACUUCUCUUUGCACUUUUUAUAUUGAAGAGUCAGCCAGGUACCCAACAGAGCAAUGUUUCUACCCAUUUUCUUCUUUGCUUACUCUCUGCAGUUCUCUAUGUGUAUAAUAUUUAAUAUCUCCCAAGUUAAGGUAAGUUUGCUAAUGAUUACAGUUUAGGUCACUAAGAAUUCGUGUUUAUUUCAGUAUGCAAGGAAUUUAUUUUUGUGUUCACUUCCAGGAGAGGGAUAUUUCAUGUAUCCGAGCCACUUGGUCAUAUGUACAUGUCCUUAAAACCAUCCUUAACUAGUUUACAGUGUUUGCACAGCAGUAUGUAUUAUAUCCAAUUCUUAAUCUCUCCCAUCUUUUAAAGUCUUGACCUGUUAUCAUUUUUCUAAUAAGGUAUCCAGACAGUGAGUAAUUGCUGAACACUGGCUACAAUGCACCAAUAUCACAUGGACCAAGCAAUUCUGUUUUUAUGCAGUAUUCUAGAUAGCCCAAUUGACUAUUAAGGAUGAAAGGGGAUUAUACUAUUACUUUAAAAUAAAUGGUACAAAUUCAAUAUUAAAACCUAGGUUUUGAUAAAUUAUAUUGUACAAUCAUACUGAGGACUUUCAACACUGUCCGUAGUGUGUUCAUAUGUUGUAAUAUACUACACUCAAAUAUAUAUAUGUAUAUAUAUAUGUAUAUAUAUAUAGUUUUAUUAGUUGUUGUGCUGAUAUUUUAAUGUACCAUUGCAUUAAUAUUAUUGUUAUUUUCCUGGUUCCACAUCUUAAAUUAUAUUUGCUCUUCUAUUCAGUCACCCAGUUCCUCUGUGUUUACAAGCUAAUGGAGACCAAGUCUUCAGUGUAUCGUUCAGUUACCUAUUUUUAUAUUUUUUUUUACACAUCAGCUUGUGUAGACUUUAACAUUGGACUAAAAGUGAAUUUUUACUGUAGUAAUGGAUACAUAACGAGAGAAUAGUGCAUAGAAAAAUUUUCUUUUCAUUCUACAGAGGAAUAUUUAUAAAGAGAACACUAAAAAUAUAUAUUUGAAAAAUCAAUGGCUCCGCCACUUGUCUCCCAGUUUCUGAGUUCAGGAUUCUUUGUCCUGUCCCAGGUGAUGGUGCUCAGAUUAGCCUGAAUUUGUCAGAUGGGAUAUGGGAAAUGAAGCUCUGGGCCUGAGAUUUUGAGAUAAGCAAAGAAAGAAUUUAAAGAUGUGCUGAGCACCCACAGCUCUAAUUUGAAGUCUGCAUGAACUGCAGGUGUGCAGCACCUCUGAAAAUCAGGCCCCUGAGCCCUGAUUUGCUCAUUUGCACAUUGCUUUGGAUCCAGUCCUGUGAGGAGUUGAACGCACUCACCUCCCACUGAAGUCAGUAUGAGUUAGCAUUUUUCAGGAUUUUGCCCUUUAGUUUUGGCUGUACUCCUGUGCAACUAAGGACAUGAGUAUGCAGUAAUAACCACAACUGUACUGUCACUCACAGAUAAACCACAACUGUACUGUCACUCACUGCCCUCGUUUCCUUACUAAACUGUUCUGUGAGCCGUAGCUUCACAUGACUUGUAUGGGAUGUGGCAUUCAGUGCAAGGGAACCAUCGGCGGUGUUAUAGGCAAUACUCAGAUUUGAGCAAAACUAUUUCCUGAUCUUUUUUCAAAUACUAAUUCAAUGCCUGUGUAUAUUUUGGAGGUUUCAGUACAAACUCUAGUCACUGAUUUACUAGUAUAUUUUACUAUAUUUUCUUUCCUCUACACCUAUAUAUUCUGUUGGUGAAAUUCACUGCUGUGCAGAAGGACCAGUACAAGGCAUAAGCACCACUUAGUUAAGUUCUAUCUAGAAGACUUGCGUGGUGCAUAGUCCUCAUCCUGGCUCUGUGCAUAGGGGUGAAUUUCACUCUUAAUGAUUUGGAAUCUUAAAUACAAUUGUCCUUGUACAACAGCCUUGAGGUUUCCCCUUGAUACUGAAAGUAGAAGGUAAGAAUGUACUUCAUUAUAAUGGUUGCACAUAUUACAGGACUUGCCUCUUUGGGAGAAGAUCUAUAUUUUUAAUGCAUGCCUGGCCCCUUGGGAAUCUGAAGAAGAGGGAUGCAAUAGUCUGACUAAAGAAUAAAUAAAUAUUUUAUUAUAAAUCAAUUGACAUAAUAUGGAUAUUUUAUUAUUGACACACCAGUGCUGUUUUAACCUCUGUACCUAUGUUUUUAUUAGGAGAAAUACUCAGAUUUUUGAGUAUCUGGCAAGAAUACAAACUCUAUCAGAACGCAUGAAAUAUAUUUGUCAUUCUGAUUUGCGAAUAAAUCUUUGCAAAAUAUUAA